AUUGCUUAUUAUACUAUAUGUAUAUCCUCACUUCUAAACUUAAAGUAGACUCUGCGAUGCAUGGUUCUUUGAUAACUUCUAGUUUGAUUAGGAAAAUUACAGAAACGUAACAAGUUAAUUAUAGCCAUGGAUUCCUUUCUGAUUGUGGUUACACUCUUUGGCUCCUUCCUUUUCUUCUUCUUUCUUCACAAACUGUUAUUGUCAUCCAAAAAGCAGAGUAGAAAUGUACCAGAAGCUGGCGGAGCAUGGCCGAUUAUCGGCCAUCUCCACCUCCUCAAAGGACCUCAAAUGCCUCACAAAAUUUUAAGUCACAUGGCUGAAAAAUAUGGGCCAAUUUUUCGAUUAAAGCUGGGAGUAAAUCAAGUAGUUAUUGUGAGUGAUCCCAAAAUAGCCAAAGAAUGCUUCACCACAAACGAUAUGGCCUUUGCUAAUCGACCCAAAUCCAUAGCUUCAGAGAUCUUAGGCUACAAUUACGCCUUGUUUGGGCUUGCCCCUUAUGGGCCGUACUGGCGAGACAUAAGGAAGAUAGCCACAAUCGAAUUGCUUUCCGCUAGGCGAAUUGAGAUGUUUAGCGACAUUAGAGAAUUUGAAGUAAAAUUAGCUGUUAAAGAGAUUUAUAAUAAGAGUGGUAAAUUAAAUGGUGUUGUGAAGAUGGAGACGAAGGAAUGGUUUGCGAAUUUAAUUAUGAAUAUUAUGGUGAGGAUCCUAUUUGGAGUACGAUAUACAGAUAAUGAUAAUGACGAAAGAAGUAAGGCUCAAAAAGCAAUUCAGAGAUUUUUGGAAUUAUUGGGAGCUUUUGUUGUGGCUGAUUUUCUACCUUAUCUAAGAUGGCUGGAUAUUGGAGGCCAUGAAAAGGCCAUGAAAGAGAAUGCAAAAGAAAUGGACAGUCUUGCUGAAGCUUGGUUAGCAGAGCACAGAAGAAAGAGGAAAUCAAAGGGAAACAAAUGUGGGAAUGAAGAAGAUUUCAUGGAUGUCAUGUUGUCCAUUUGUGAAGACAAAGAUUUUGCUGCUGGUUUUGAUGUUGAUACCAUUAUCAAAACUACUUGUAUGGCUCUGCUAGCGGCAGGUGCAGAUACCAUCAUUGUAACUCUAACAUGGACACUAUCUUUACUCCUAAACAACUAUGAAGCCCUAAAAAAGGCCCAAGAUGAGCUAGACAGUCAUGUUGGCAAGAGCAGAUGGGUCCAAGAAUCGGACGUCAAGAAUUUAGUUUAUCUUCAAGCCAUUGUUAAUGAAUCAUUCCGUUUAUAUCCAGCCGCACCACUUUUGCUACCCCAUGAAUCGGUUGAGGAUUGUGUUGUUAGUGGCUACGACAUACCAAAAGGCACUCGCUUAUUAGUGAAUAUAUGGAAAUUUCAUCAUGAUCCAAAUAUUUGGCCAAAUCCACACGAGUUUAAGCCUGAGAGAUUCUUGACGACUCAUAAGGAUGUCAAUGUAAGAGGGAAUCACUUUGAGUUGAUUCCAUUUGGCAGUGGAAGAAGAAUGUGCCCUGGAACUUUUUUGGGACUUCAAGUUGUGCAAUAUGUGUUGGCUAUGCUACUACAGGGAUUUGAAAUUAAGAAGCCUUCAGAUGAACCAAUUGAUAUGAGUGAGAGCUUUGGAUUGACAAUUUUCAAAGCUUCUCCACUCGAAGUUCACCUUACCCCACGCUUGAAUUCUAAUCUUUACAAAUGAAUUGCUCUUAUUUUCUAAUUAAAUUAAGGUUAUAAUGGAGGAUACAUUGUGUAAAAUAAUAUUACUAGAUACAAAGGGUUGCACAA